AUGAACCUGACAGAGUUUAAUCAGUCUGAUCGCUGUGAUUAUUUCUCCUGUCCAGAGAGAUCUGGAUCUCCUGCAGUUUAUAUCUUACUGUACGUGUGUUCAGCUGCUGUGGUCCUGCUAACAGUGUGUGGAAAUCUGCUCAUCAUCAUCUCUGUUCUUCACUUCAAGCAGCUUCACACACCAACCAACAUGCUGGUGCUCUCUCUAGCUGUGUCAGAUUUCCUCAUUGGAGCUUUACUCAUGCCAGCUAUGUUCAUGUGGACGAUUGAGUCAUGUUGGAUUUUUGGGAGAGAUUUCUGCAUUGUUUUUUUGUGGAUUGGUGGUCUCAUCAUGAGCCUAUCUAUCUAUAAUAUUGUUCUGAUUGCUGUAGAUCGGUAUGUGGCUCUGUCAAAACCAUUUCUCUACAUGAACAAAGUGAAUAGGUUGAUGAUGUGCAUUGUCAUUUAUUCAAACUGGUGUGUGUGUCUGGUGUAUGUCAUAUCAGUUGUUUAUUAUAAUGGAAACUACAUGGAUUCUGUAAUUUGUCCUGGAGAGUGUGUAUUAAUUCUAAAUGAGGUUUGGACUGUAAUUGAUCUCAUAUAUUCAUUUAUAUUUCCUCUUUCUGUCAUAAUCAUAUUGUAUACUCUAGUGUUUGUGAUUGCUAAGAAACAUGCCACUGCUAUCAGAGAGCUUAAUAAUCACACACGGCCUAAAACACAGAAAAUCACCUCAUACUCCAUGAACUCUGAGAGGAAAGCAGCUAAAGUCCUCGGUAUUUUAGUGUCUGUGUUUCUGGUGUGUUUGCUUCCAUAUUUUAUUUACAGUUUAUUAGGUGAUGUUAUUGAACUACAGACAGAAACUGUUCAGAAACUUAUUAUCCUACUUUUUCUUAAUUCCACCCUAAAUCCAGCUAUUUAUGCUCUGUUUUACCCGUGGUUUAGAAGGUGUGUUAAAUUAAUCAUAAAUCUGCGAAUAUUUCAAAUAGACUCUGCAUUAAUCAAUGUUCUUUUAUGA